CAAAGCAGCCGACCCGCCACGAAAACCCAAAAGGCAAAAAAAAUGGCUUUUUGGGGUUUUUAUUUUCUUUAAUUUUUUUUUAUUUUUAAAUUUGCAACAAAAACAAACGCGCAUUCUUAUCCUCACAGAGCCAACGACGACGAAUAAAUCGCCACUUUUUGUAAGGGGUGACCAAUUUGUGCAGCUGCGUCCCCUUUUGGGGUCUUUUCUCCUCUCAUGGUCGAGAAGAAUAGGAAGAUGCACAAGAAAAGGUUUUGAAACAACGAGCUCAAUAAUCGAGACUAAUUCUCCUAGGAGACCAAUCAUGCAGAACAUCCUUGUGAAGUUUUGAGGCCUCAAGGUUCUCCCUACAUUAUAGGACAUCAGAUUCUUGGGUUGUCAGUUUGCUAUGUCGUCUUCUUCAUAAUGGAAGCAGAGAACAUCGGUAUCCCAGUGAUCCUACAAGGCCUGGACCUUCUUGGUGAAAAGGCCAGAAAGAAUUCGAUCCCACAGGAAGCGGAGUCCAAUGGUGGUGACGUUGGCAGUGAUAUCAGAAGGGAUUCCAUCGCGGAGAUCCCACCAGAAAUGGAUCCCAAGGGUGGUGAUGUCAGGGGUAACUCUGAUCCAGGGGUUUCACAGGACAUAGAGCCCAAUGCCGGGGAUAGCAGAAGGAGCUCUAUCGGAAAUGUUGAUCCUCCUCAUAUCAAAAGGAGCUCUAUCCCAGUGAUCCCACAGGAGAUGGAUCCCAAGGGUGGUGAUGUCGGAGGUAAUCCAGUCGUGGGGAUUCCACAGGACAUAGAGCUCGAUAGAGGUGACAUCAGAAGGAGCUCUAUCGGAAAUCUUGAUCCUCCUUCUACCGAGAGGAACUCUAUCCCAGUGGUCCUGCAGGACAUGGAUCUCAGUGAUGAUGAUAGGAACUUUAUUGCAGCUGUCCCCCAGGAUAUAGAACCCGAUGGCAGUGAUAUCAAACAGAAAUCUAUCCUAGCAAUCCCACACAAAAUGGAGCAUGAGGGUGGUGAUAUCAGAAGGAAGCCUAUCCCAGUGAGGCCACGGGAAAUAGAGUCUAAUGCCGGUGAUAUCAGAAGAAACUCCAUAGAGAAAGUAGAUCCUCCUGCUGAUAUCAAAAGGAACUCUAUCCCAGUGAUCCCACAGGAAAUGAAGCCUAAUGCUGGUGAUGUUAGAAGGAACUCUAUUGGAGUGAUCCCACAGGAAUUAGAGCACAGUGGUGGUGGUAUCAGAAGGAACUCUAUGCCAGAGGUCCCACAGAAAAUGGAACCAAAGGCUGGCGAUACCAGCAAGAACUCUGUUCUGUGGAUCCCACAUGAAGUGGAACCAAAGGGUGGUAGAUGGAUUCAGUCCCGAUAUCUUAGAGCUCCAAUAAGUUCCUGCCAUGAUUAUUGCAAAUAUGGAGUGAGAAAUGCCUCUGAAGAAAAUGCAACUGGCGCACUGCGAAAAUCAGCUACAGAGAGGAAACGGAUAUCCACAACCAGUCAAAACCCUUCUCCAGAUUCAGACACCCAGAAGCUUGACAAUUCUGUCGUCACAGAGAAAAAAGUAUUGUCAUUGACAAAGAAAGAAAUUGUUUCUGCAGAAAAUGUUCCAUCUUCUUCCAAGGACAUUGAUGUUUCUAUGGAAGAUUCCGCCGGUUUGAAGGUGAAACGUGUGCAAUCAGAGCCAUCUUCUCUCCCAGAAGCGGCCUUAAGCCUUAGAAAUUCCAAGGUGAUAUCCACAACUGGACCGAGGUCUGUUCCACAUUCCCCAACCCGGAAACUUAAUAAUUAUGUUGUCACGGAGAAAAAAGGUUCAUCGUCGACAAAAGAAACUUCUUCAAAGAAAGUUUCAUCUCCCAAGGAAAUAGCUGUUUGUAUGGAAGAGUUGAUUGAUUUGAAGAUGAAGGAUAAGCAAUUAGAUCAAUCUUCUCUCCCAGGAUCAGACCCAAGCUUGAGAAAUUCGAAGGUAACAUCAACAAUCAAUCCUCACCCUUCUCCAGAUUCUGAGUCCCAGAGUUCUACUGCCACGGAGAAAAGAGUUUCACCUCCCUAUAAGGAUAUAGAUGUUUCUGCUGAAGAUUCCACCGAUUCAAAGGUGAUAUCAACAGUCAGUCCUAAUCCUUCUCCAGAUUCUGAAGCACAGGAACUUAAUCAUUCUGGUGGCACGGAGAAAAGAGUUUUAUCAUCGAAAAGGAAAGAAAAUGUCUCUUCAAAAACAGUUUUGACUCCCAUUAAGGAGAUUGAUGUUUCUACGGAAGGUUCCGCUUGUUCAAAGGUGAAGCCUGAGCAACUAGAGCCAUCUUCUCGCACAGGACAAGGUUCAAGUAAUCAAGGAAAGAGUGGAACUAGAAAAGGCAAGGAAAUACAAGAAGGUUCGAGCAGUAGUGUAAAUAGAAAAAUCAGAAGCAAGCUGCAAAGGACUCCUGUAUUGGUUGAGAAAAAGAUGUUAGAGCCUGAAACUGUUUCUUUGACUUCCAAACACCCUGUCAAGAGAGUCUCCGAUGCAAAUGCUGGAAGAUCUAAGAACCUUAAAGUAUUGUCUCAUAUGAAAGAUCAAAAGUGUCCCCGAAAAGUUGAACCUGAGGGACCCUGCAAUAAGGAUGUUCCAGAAAAGAUUUUGUAUGUCGUCAAAUCUAAUACUGGGAAUAGUACUGUCAAACCAACUCCAAAUGGUGCUGAUGCCCCUGAGUUAUCAUCAUCAUCACAUCUAUCCUCUGAUGUCAAAAGCUCGAGGCAAGCAAGGAAGGGAGUUGGUACCACUCGAUCACAUACAUCCUCCAAGAAGAAAAACUUCAAACGCACUGUAAAUGGAGGUUAUGGUCGUUCAACUACUGCUCCACCCCCUGAAAACAAAGGUUUGAGGCGGAGUACUCGAAGACCUUUAUCUUCAUUGUCAUCGUCAUCAUCAUCAUCCAUGUCCGCAUCCCCAGGCCAGUCCACUCAUAAAAGAGAAAAUGGCGCCACCUCUCAAUGCGGAGCAAUGAAAACUGGUAAUCAAAGAGAAAAUUUGAAGGUGGAGAAGAGUACUAGGCCUAGAAAGUCUGAGACACAUCACCCUGAAAGUAAAAACAGCUCAGCCCGAAAGCUGACAUUUAAGAGAGGAAGGGUGCUUGACAUAAAGCCAGAGAUCAGUACUACAAGGAGACUCAAAUUCAGGCGAGUAAGAUUGGCAGGGGAGAUCCAAAAUGGUAAAGGUGGUGUCACAGGGGGGGAGCGCCGGGAGGAAAGAAGUUUGUGACAACCAUUCAGUUGGUGAUGUAUUAAAACAGUUAAGCCCCGGGAGGAAAGUAGCUGAUCACAGUCACUCAAAUGGUGCUUUCAUCAAAAGGCGAAGCCCCGGGACGAAAGAAGUUGAUGGCAGCCAGUCAAAUGGUAGUAAAUUCAAAAGUGAGAAAUUUGUUCUGAGAAGCUUCGAACGAGAUGUGGAAGGUUCACGAAGGAAGAGCUCGAGGAGGAAAACGGCUAGUGAUAGCGGGUUGAAUGGUAGUACUAGAACGGAACCUGAGAGGGUUGUGUUGAGACAUCAAGAUGUGAAAGGAAGGAAGGAUGUGCAGAAGUUGUUAAAUAAUGUGAUCGAAGAGACUGCCAGUAGGCUUGUUGUGUCCAGGAAGAGUAAAGUCAAGGCCUUGGUUGGUGCUUUUGAGACCGUGAUUUCGCGUCAGGAUACCAAAUCCAUGGCUUCGGAAACAGACACGGAAGAUGCAGUCUGAUAUACCAAAUACAUAUAUAUAGCUAUGAUUUCUGUACAUAUUUGAAAAGAAACAUACAAAAAACGAAAGAAAAAAAAACAUGAAUGCAGUUGAUUGGAGGUUGCGUGGGAUUGAAGUUGUGCGAGUUUGUGAAGUUGCGGAGGCAUAAAUGAAGAGAACCGAAUCAAGGUGAGAAGGCUCCCUGAGAAUGUGAAACAUUUUUCUUGUGUGUACUGCUUUACCGAUUGAUUUGCUGAAGGAGUUGUGUAUUAUUGCUAUUAUUUUUCUGUUGUACAUUUCUGCCCCGUGCGUGUUGGUGAUUUAUUAGUUACUGCUUAUCGAAAAUUACA